AUGAGCACAAGCAAUAAAAAUGAAGUUAACUCUGAACAAGAAAGGAACGUCGACAACUACACGAUGGUUUUAGCUUUGAUCUAUGAUAUGGUUCAUUUCGGUCAUGCUAAUGCUUGUCGGCAAGCUAAACAUAUGGGAACCCACUUGAUUGUUGGUGUUCAUUCAGAUGCGGAAAUAACGAAACACAAAGGUCCACCCGUAUUCACGGAACAAGAACGAUACAAAAUGGUUCGAGCGAUCAAAUGGGUUGAUCAAGUUGUAGAAGAUGCGCCUUACGUAACAACAUUAGAAACAUUAGAAGAAUACAAUUGUGCAUUUUGUGUACAUGGUGAUGACAUCACAGUAACUGCUGAUGGUGUCGAUACUUAUCACAUCGUCAAAGCAGCAGGUCGAUAUCGAGAAUGUAAACGAACUCAAGGUGUAUCAACAACAGAUCUUGUUGGAAGAAUGCUAUUGGUGACCAAAUCUCAUCAUGAACCAGAUGACAUGUUGCCAGAUCGAGAAAAUACACUUCGAAUGAGUUUAUGUAAAGAGAGUGUCAGUCCAUGGACCGGUGCUUCACAAUUUCUCCCCACAACGAACAAAAUCAUCCAAUUUUCCAACGGACGUGAACCGAAACCUACUGAUAAAGUUGUUUACACAGCUGGUGCUUUCGAUCUGUUUCAUGUUGGUCAUGUGGAUUUUCUGGAAAAAGUGAAAGCCUGUGGAGAUUAUGUUAUCGUCGGUCUACAUUCAGAUAAAGUAGUCAAUCGAUACAAGGGCAGCAAUCAUCCAAUUAUGAAUCUUCACGAACGCGUGCUGAGCGUUUUAGCCUGUCGUUAUGUUGAUGAAGUCGUGAUUGGUGCACCCUAUUCAGUCACAUUGGAAUUGAUCAAUCACUUCAAAGUCUCUUGCGUUGUUCAUGGACAAACACAAUACGAAUCGGAUGCGGACGGACGAAAUCCAUAUGAAGUACCGUUAGGUCUUGGCAUAUUCAAACAAAUCGAUAGUGGAAAUCCGAUGUCUACGCAGGAUAUUAUCACAAGAAUUAUCGACAAUCGAUUAGAAUAUGAAAAGCGUAAUAAGAAGAAAGAAGCGAAGGAAGCUGCCGCAUAUGAAGCGUUCCAAAAAUUGAAAGCUGAAAAUCUCAAUGAAUCAACUGCUGUUAAUGUUAAUCAGCAAGCAUGA